AUGAAAUCUGAACUUGUAAAGGGAUAUGAUUGUGGUGAGACUGACAAACCAGAACAAUUAGACAAAAUGCAGGAGAGUUGGAAGACUCUGAAUCUCUUUACUCCGAAUACUACAGCACCACUUACUUCCACUACUGCUCUGACUACUACAGCACCCCUUCCUACCACUACUGCUCUGACUACUACAACACCCCUUACUACCACUACUGCUCUGACUACUACAGCACCCCUUACUACCACUACUGCUCUGACUACUACCGCACCCCUUACUACCACUACUGCUCUGACUACUAUAGCACCCCUUACUACCACUGCUUCUCCAACUACUACAGCACCUCUGACUACCACAAGUGCUCCGACUACUACAGCACCACUCACUACCACAGCUGCUCCGACUACUACAGCACCACUCACUAUGACUACUGCUCCGACUUCUACAGCACCACUCACUACCACAGUUGCUCCAACUACUACAGCACCACUGACUACCACAACUGCUCCAACUACUACAGUACAACUCACUACCACAGAUGCUCCAACUACUACAGCACCAUUGACUACCACUGCUGCUCCGACUACUACAACAGCACUCACUACCACAACUCCUCUAACUACUACAGCACCACUUACUACCAAAGUUGUUCUGACUACUACAGCACCACUGACUACCACAGCUACUCCAACUACUACAGCACCACUCACUACCACAGCUGCUCCGACUACUACAGCACCACUCACUACGACUACUGCUCCCACUUCUACAACACCACUCACUACCACAGUUGCUCCAACUACUACAGCCCCACUGACUACCACAACUGCUCCAACUACUACAGUACAACUCACUACCACAGUUGCUCCAACUACUACAGCACGACUAACUACCACUACUGCUCUGACUACUACAGCUAAUCCAACUACUACAGCACCACUUACUACCACUACUGCUCUGACUACUACUGCACCCCUUCCUACCACUACUGCUCUGACUACUACAACACCCCUUACUAUCACUACUGCUCUGACUACUACAGCACCCCUUACUACCACUACUGCUCUGACUACUACAGCACCCCUUACUACCACUGCUGCUUUGACUACUACAGCACCACUUACUACCACUGCUGCUCCGAAUACUACAGCACCACUUACUUCCACUACUGCUCUGACUACUACAGCACCCCUUCCUACCACUACUGCUCUGACUACUACAACACCCCUUACUACCACUACUGCUCUGACUACUACAGCACCCCUUACUACCACUACUGCUCUGACUACUACCGCACCCCUUACUACCACUACUGCUCUGACUACUACAGCACCCCUUACUACCACUGCUUCUCCAACUACUACAGCACCUCUGACUACCACAAGUGCUCCGACUACUACAGCACCACUCACUACCACAGCUGCUCCGACUACUACAGCACCACUCACUAUGACUACUGCUCCGACUUCUACAGCACCACUCACUACCACAGUUGCUCCAACUACUACAGCACCACUGACUACCACAACUGCUCCAACUACUACAGUACAACUCACUACCACAGAUGCUCCAACUACUACAGCACCAUUGACUACCACUGCUGCUCCGACUACUACAACAGCACUCACUACCACAACUCCUCUAACUACUACAGCACCACUUACUACCAAAGUUGUUCUGACUACUACAGCACCACUGACUACCACAGCUACUCCAACUACUACAGCACCACUCACUACCACAGCUGCUCCGACUACUACAGCACCACUCACUACGACUACUGCUCCCACUUCUACAACACCACUCACUACCACAGUUGCUCCAACUACUACAGCACCACUGACUACCACAACUGCUCCAACUACUACAGUACAACUCACUACCACAGUUGCUCCAACUACUACAGCACCACUAACUACCACUACUGCUCUGACUACUACAGCUAAUCCAACUACUACAGCACCACUCACUACCACUACUGCUCCAACUACUAAAGCACCACUUACUAACACUGCUGCUUUGACUACUACAGCUGCUACAACUACUACAGCACCCCUUACUAUCACUGCUGCUCCCACAACUACUGAUGCUUCAACUACUACAGUUUCACUAACUACAACUUCUUUCUCCACAGCUACAGGUCCUCCUACAACUACAGCUCCUCCAACUACUACGGUACCACCAACUACCACAGGUCCUCCUACAACUACAGCUCCUCUAACUACUACGGUACCACCAACUACCACAGGUCCUCCUACAACUACAGCUCCUCCAACUACUACGGUACCACCAACUACCACAGGUCCUCCUACAACUACAGCUCCUCCAACUACUACGGUACCACCAACUACCACAGGUCCUCCUACAACUACAGCUCCUCCAACUACUACGGUACCACCAACUACUACUACUUCUUCUCCUACUACAACAGGGCCCACUACUACUGCGCCUGUUACUACAACAGGGCCCACUACUACUGCCAUUCCUACUACAACAGGGCCCACUACUACUGCCCUUCCUACUACAACAGGGCCCACUACUACUGCUCCUAUUACUACAACAGGGCCCACUACUUCUGCCAUUCCUACUACAACAGGGCCCACUACUACUGCCCUUCCUACUACAACAGGACCCACUACUACUGCUCCUAUUACUACAACAGGGCCCACUACUACUGCCAUUCCUACUACAACAGGGCCCACUACUACUGCCCUUCCUACUACAACAGGGCCCAUUACUACUGCUCCUAUUACUACAACAGGGCCCACUACUACUGCCCUUCCUACUACAACAGGGCCCACUACUACUGCUCCUAUUACUACAACAGGGCCCACUACUACUGCAAUUCCUACUACAACAGGGCCCACUACUACUGCCCUUCCUACUACAACAGGGCCCACUACUACUGCUCCUAUUACUACAACAGGGCCAACUACUACUGCAAUUCCUACUACAACAGGGCCCACUACUACUGCUCUUCCUACUACAACAGGGCCCACUACUACUGCUCCUAUUACUACAACAGGGCCCACUACCACUGCAAUUCCUACUACAACAGGGCCCACUACUACUGCCCUUCCUACUACAACAGGGCCCACUACUACUGCUCCUAUUACUACAACAGGGCCCACUACUACUGCCCUUCCUACUACAACAGGGCCCACUACUACUGCUCCUACUACUACAACAGGGCCCACUACUACUGCCCCUCCUACUAUAACAGGGCCUACUACUACUUCUCCUCCUACUACAACAGCAACAGGAAGUACAACAACAAACAAUGGUAACAAUCCAGCCAUUGUCAACGACAACAACCGUAAGUAUGCUUUAAACAAAUAUCAUAAUUUCUCUAAAUAG